UACUUUACCUUCAUUAUACUGGUUCCUCCCUCCUACACCGGUAGCGGUGGGGGUAUACUAAUGUCACGGCGGCGCAUUGCCGGAUUACAUCCCGUUUAAGAACUCAAGCGGCUUCAUCGUUUUCUCUAAAAUCUAAACUGUAUACUUAAUUUGCAAAGAUUUCUGUGCUGGUGCCUUAUUCUUCUUCUCAAGGGGAUCAUAGCGUACCAAUAAACGAUGCUAGGUCUUUCGUACGGGGAGCUUUUCCUUAUCAUCGGAGCCACGGCAGCUCUCAUCGGCCCCAAAGAUCUCCCACGCAUAGCACGAGUCGCCGGGAGGUUAGCUGGCCGGUCAAUUGGAUACGUUCAAAUGGCUCGUGGACAGUUCGACAAUGUCAUGCAGCAGUCUCAGGCUAAACAGGUGCACAAGGAACUUCAAGAUACUAUCGCUCAACUUGAAGCCAUACGUCAUGAAAUCCGAACAAUUUCCUUUGUGAAUCCUGGCCCAUUAACCAAGAGGCUUGUGGACAAUGUUUCCCAGAUUCCAGAUACAAAUGGGAAUACUGUUCCUGUAAAACCCAUUGAUGAUGAAGCAUUACCAACUGCUACCCCUAAGGUUUAUAAUUAUAAUGCAACUGCCUCACCAUCAUCAGACAUGCACAACCAAGCUACUGCUUAUGCAAGAUUAGCUGAGUCAGCAGCUUUGCGUUCUGAAGCUACAAAUACAAAUAAUGAAGUUAUGAGUGAGCUUACUGAUGAAUCUGGCCUCACUGUUCUUCCUGUAUCAGCUCAAGACACAGGAUUGUUGCCUAAUCGCACAGCUGAUGCAAAGGGAUCCGACAUUAUGCUGGAGUCUAUUCUGGAGGCAGAGGUAGCAAGAAAUGCAAAGGAUUUUUUUGCUCAACCCCAAAAUGUAGUCAAAAGUUAAUACAAUAAAUAAAUAAAAGCAAGUUUUCUGUUUUAGCCA